UCACUUUGACUUAGAAACUCAAUUGUCUUCUGCUAGAUUUUUGUUUAGUUUUACUUUUGUUUAUAGCGCGUUAUUUGGUCUGAGAUCGAAAAAUUUUGAUUUAAUUAAAUUUAAUUUUAUGGCUUGUUUGUCUGAGCUUGUUUCUGCUAGCAUUAUAGAGAAAGAUACAAACAAUGAUAUUUUAUGGGCAUGGAGUUAUCCUUCAAUUUCUUCUGAAAGCAAAACUUUGAUUGUAAAUAAGUGUGGAUUGAAAAAUGGUCUUGGUCUAAGUCAUGGUCAUCAUUUAGUAUCAUUUUGUUAUUGCCAUCAUCAUCGCUCUUGGUUUUAUUUGCAUCUUACUGAUGUCUUUGAACUUCCUAAUCUUCCCAGGGUAAAACAAUUUGUACUUGUACUCCAAACUCAAGAUUUUAAUCCAGAAAAAUAUGAAAACUUAUCUCAGAUCUUAAGCAAAACUUACAGUAAGACUGGUAAUCCAGCUGAUAUGUUGCGAUUAUACCUUUCUGUUUUGGUAAAAGGUGUUUGCUCAACAGAAGACAAUGGAACAUUUUCUGUAAAGCAAUUUGACAGAGUGCCAUUAUAUUCUUGCGUUGCUGCAAAAGAUGUUGUUAAAACUUUUGGUCUGGAAACUAUUUUGAUAUAUACUGCUUUACUCUUAAAGAAACGAAUAGUUGUCUAUCAUCAUCGCUUGGAUACAUUACUCUGGUUUGUCAGGGUUCUUCCUGCUUUUAUGUGGCAUAGACAAGAUUGGAAUGUUGUGUACCCUUACAUGCAACUGACAAACUUAGAAAUUUCAGAAUUACUAUCACUGCCUACAUAUAUUGCUGGGUUUCGAGAUGCUGCUGUUGAAGGAAGAACUGAACUGUAUGACUUAUUUGUAAAUUUACCUGCAAUUGAAAUAACAAUAGCUCCACAUUCUAAAGAUAUAUUUGCUAUGACAAAAACUCACAAAGAAAUUGCUGUUUUUAUGACCAGGCAAGCAGAAAAUUCAGAUUUGAGUGAUAAAUCAUUUAUUAAGGAAAUUUCAAAUAAAACAAAUGAACUUCUUAAGAGUUUGAAAACAUUAACUGUGCAAAAUGAAUUUGCUCAAGAUGUUAUAAAAUUGCAAGUUUUGAAGGAAAAUAAAUUUGCACCUGCUCUUGAAAACUUUCUAUGGAACUUAGCCAUUGCAGAAAAUUGCUCUGAAGUUUGAUAAGAUUGAAAAAUAGUAACAUUAUAAUUAAUUGAUUAUUUUAUUAAAACUGCUAUGUCUUUUUUUAUUAUUUGCUUGUUAGAUAAAAAUUAAAUCUCAUUACCUGGCUGAACAAGAAUGUCAAUGAAGAAGUUUUUGUGCACGUUAUUUGUUUGAUAAUUUUUAUUUUUAGUAGAACAUUAUAAUUCAGCAGGCUAUUUUUAAUUUAAACAGAAAGCAUUUGACAUAAUGGGUAUUUCAAAGUAACAUUUCUCUAGAAAUUUUAUUCAGUUCAAUGGUAAUUAACUUUAUUUCUUGCCCCCCCCCAAGAAAGAAAGUUAAUUACCUAAUCUUUCAAAUUCCUAAUCAAACAAUGCUAACUUAGGAAAUAGAAAUUUUCAAGUAGUAAUACAAAACAAGACAAAUUGUUUUUACCGAAAUGUUAUAAAUUGAUUAUAAAAGGCACAUACUAGCUGCACUAAAUGAUUUCCUUCCCUAUAUUGUCUUUUUUAAUACGGCUAUGUGUAUAUUUUGAGAAAUCUUAAAGGAGGUGUCAUAUGAUAAAUUUUUUAUCCUAAAUAAUUCCUUACAAAAGAACAUGGAACAUACAAUAGCCUUACUUUAAGAAAUGCAAACUCUCAAACUGGAUGUUGAAAGAACAAGGAAAAUAGCUGUAUGUUUUUUAAUGUUAAUCAAAGAACUAAAAAUAGUUAUGAAAAAGUUUAAUUAAAAAUAGCUUGACUUUAUCCUUUUAACGUCAUUUUUUUACCAUUGCUUAUUUUUGAUAGUUUGAAUUUUGAACAGUUCAAAUGUUUUAUAUUUUUGUUUUAAUUCAAAUUAUAAGGAGUUGACCAUUUUUUAUUGUAGUUGUAUAAGUGUUUGUCCAUACAUCAUGAAACAUCGAAUUGUAAUGCUUCAAUAAUCACAAAAAAGUGCAAUGUGAUAAAUUCAAAAUGCUUAUAUACCAAGGAAACAUGCUAAUAUUCUUUUCUGUGCUAUAUGUUAAAUGUACAGGAUGUUAAAUAUACAGCUAUACUAUAUGUUAAAUAUGCAGCUAUGUUAAAUAUACAGGAUUUUAAAAUACUUUUUUAAUAAUAAAUAUGUGUUUUGAAUAACAGUAACUUUAGUUUUAUUUACUAUGACCAUUGUCUUCCAUAUUUUGUGUAUCAUUUAGUAUAACAACCUUGUUAAUUUCACAUUAAUAGCUACUACUUAAGAAAAAGAAUUUAUAACAUACUUUUCUUUUAAUUUGUUUUUGUUCAUAAUUUCUAUGCUGCAACAUUUUUCAAUAAGAUAUAUUAUGGGCUUUUUUCCAUAAUAAUAUUCAUAAUAUUAAAAAUUCCUAAGGCAUUUAUUCACCUUUUAUUGCAUUUUUUUUUCAGUUUCUUGUUCUAAAUAUUGUGUCAGGUUUUUUUUUUAUUUUUUAUUUCUCUAAUGUUGUGCCCUUUUUGCCCUUUUUUUCUUUCAUUGUUUAAACAAAAAUCAUUCUAUUUAGGAUUAAAGAUUUUUAAUUUUAACUUGUUUUAAAUUGUUCACCAUGUAGAACAACAAAAUUUAUGUUAGUUGUUAUUUUGGUUUAUUACUGUUUCAAAAUUCCCUGUGAUUACAAAAGUUUCUUUAGUAUGAAGUAUUUUUCUGCAAUCUUUUAAUAAUGUAUAUCUGGACAAAAAUGUAAAGAAGUCUGAUUUGUAUUAAAGCUAUAAGCAACAGCCAUUUUGUGUUCAAGGAUAGCAUGCAGAAUUCCCCCUGUAUUGAGUUCAAAAUCAGUAGCUAAGUGGUUAAAGAAUAAUUGCUAAAAUCUCAUUUUCACUAUUCAAACAGGAUUUUCUGUCUCAAGUGAAUCUCAGUGUAAAAUCUUAUUUUUUUAAUUUAUUUUGAGGUAAUUUUUAAUUUUUUGAUUUUUUGUUAGAUGCUGUAAAUUUGAAAUAUUUAAUUAAAUGUCAUAUAAAGGAUAUUUUUAUAAUAUUUUCUGUGACUAAAUAAAUAUUCCAAUGGUCUAACAUAAAUUAAUAUUAUUUUAAUUUGUUGUCAUGUUUACACACCAAAAACAUUUUUUCAAUGUUAUUGGCUGGACCGUAUGCAAAACCGAUUAUAGUAAAAAAUGUUUUUUUUAAUAGGAUUUCAAACUUAUUGCAUCUGUCAUGUUUAUGUAUUAAAGUUGUAUAAAAAGAAAAGGUCUUUAUCUGUUAUUAAAAAGUAUCUAACACUAUCUCAGUUAGUUUCUGAUUUACCAGCCAUUAAACCAAUUAUGUUGUAAAUUAGCUAGUUUCAAAUGUCUGGUGCAUUUUUUAAUCUGCCCUAUGUAUCUGGAACUUUUAAAAAAAAUGUGCUGAAAUUUUUAAUCCUCAUUUCAAACAAUUGCCAUUUGUUACUUCUAUUUUCAAGUAAACUUUAAGUUUAUGAACUCCCAAAAACAUUAAUUUGUUUUAUGUGUAUUAUUAGGCUCCCAAAAACAUUAAUUUGUUUUAUGUGUAUUAUUAGUGUUACUCUCAUUUUUUCUGUGCAACAGACAUAUAAGUAAAUUAGGAUAUUUUUCUGAGUUUUUUUUUAGUUUAUGUAACAUACUUGUAAGUUUAAUGUAAAGCCAAUAAAAUAAAGUUUAAGCAUCCUAUUUUUAUAAACUUUUUUCUUUCUAUUCUCAAAAAUAACCCUAAGUUGUUUAUUGAAAGCAUCUGUAUUUAUAUGAUUACAAAAUAUGGCUUUAAUUUUUAAACCUGGGUUAUCUGUUUUAAAGCUGGUCCAAGCACUUAAAAAAAGCAUUCUUAUUUUGAACACCAACUUCGUAUUAUUUCUAUAACUCCACUUUCAACUCUAUUCUUAUCACAUUUUUUAACCCUUAAUGGUCCUACAGUGUUUUGAGUUUACUUCACACCAGGUAUAAUUAUAAUAUUUAUAUUAUUUAUAAAUAUACAAUUAUUAAGGAUUACCAUGGUAGCAUAAUUUUGAUGUAAGCAGUCAUAAAAGUGUUCUAUUUUUUUACUCAAGAAAAUUAUAUAAAACUAAGUGUAUGUUCAAUUUUUGUAUUCAUUUUUGACUUUUAAGUUAAUCACAAAUGAACAUGUUUGAUAAGUGCUGACAUGUAGUUUUAAGUUAACUACAUCUAAACACAUUGCAAAUAGUCUGGUACUGUCAUCUAGUGUAUAAAUUGAGAAAUAAACAUGAUUCUUUGCAUAAA